AUGACCCGGAACACCCCAAUUGGCGCAAACAUACUGCCCCUGCCUGAGCAUGUCGUCGCCCAGAUCAAGUCGUCAACGGCAAUUGUCUCCCUCACCGGAGUUGUGCUGGAGCUGCUGAAGAACUCUCUGGACGCGAAAGCGACCAAGGUUGAAGCUGCCAUCGACUUUGCGCGCGGCGGAUGCUCGGUCCAAGAUGACGGCCUCGGCAUCUCGCCCCUCGAGUUUCGCGAGGAAGGAGGUCUGGGCAAGCUCUACUGCACGUCCAAGUACCAUGCAACUGAGCCCCUUCUUGGCCGCAAUGGCACCUUCCUCGCCUCCCUCGCUGCCAUGUCCCUCUUGACCAUCUCCUCGCAUCAUUAUCAACAUCGCUCGCACAACGCGAUAACGUUUCACCAAUCAAAAGCCGUGGAGAGGCAACUGCCGGCUUCGGCGCAGCACGAGAUAUCAGGCAGGCAUGGCACCCGUGUCACCGUGCGGAACUUGUUCGGAAAUCUGCCUGUGCGCGUCAAGCAGCGGUCCAUCAUCGCGGAGCAAAGAGCGGAGCAUGACAGACUGUGGCAUGGGCUGAAGAAGGACGUCACGAGUCUCUUGCUUGGCUGGCAGGGUCCCGUAUCCAUUCGUAUUCGCGACAGCGAGAACAGGGUGGUUGUCAACCUCAGCAUAUCCGGCUCAGGGGCACCGGCACAAACUAAAGAGAGGGAGACGUUGAAGACACCAUCUGCGCAGCUAUCAUCACUCCUCAACGUUUUGACCCAGGCCAACUAUAUCGCCAUUGACCAGUGGCCGUCGUGGGUACCAGCAUCAGCUGCCACAUCUGCCAUUUCCAUCAAAGGCGCCAUAUCAUUAGACCCGGCACCUAGCAAGCAUGUUCAGUUCAUAUCGCUCGGUGUACGACCGCUGUGUGCGAACGACGGCCACAACGAACUCUUCGAUGCUGUCAACCGCCUCUUCGCUCUAUCUAGCUUCGGCACUGUCGAGGAUGAUACCAACAUCGAUGAGCUGGAGAAACGGCGGCGACAAUCAGACAAGCGCUUCAAGCAUGACGGGUACACCAACCGACAGCUCAAAGCACGCAAAGACGUCGACAGAUAUCCCAUGUUCUACCUUCGCAUCUCGUUGAAGGACGCCCGCAGAAGAAGCGUCCCUGAAGAGCAGUUCCUUGGGGAUGAGGCGAGCCUCCAAAGCGUGAUGGAGGUGUUGGACGCGAUGAUAACUCAAUGGUUAUCAGUCCAUCAUUUUAGACCACAGCAACCUCGCAAGAAGCGUGGACGGCUCGAUACGGCUUCUAGUGCUGCCGAGGGUCUUGCUGUAAGCAACUCGUCAUCCAUGGAGGGUCGGACUACGUCCAUGGCUUCGAGUGGGCAAUCUAUCCGAAGCCGCUCCGCAACACCAAAGCCAGUCUCUACUUCGUCGCAGUCACUGAAGAGGAAGCGUCCGGACAAGACGGCGUCGCGCGAAUUGUGCGAGAGGUCGCGUCCUGGAGUCUUCGCAGAGUGGUCACGCAUCAAAAGUGGAAAGCCUGAGUUCUUCAGCAGCUUUUCGACCGUGCCGAACUCUAAAACCAAAUUUGAUUCCGGCAAGGAAGUUAGUACAAGCACUUCAGCUGGCACAAACACCGAGGCAUUUGCGAAGUUUGACAUACCGUCGCUAUCGCAAGGUGCUUUGAGUGGGCAACGUCUUCUCGACGAAGCUUCCACGUCUAGAGACUCUCUGGGUAUCGAAAACAAGGAGAAUGAUGAUACUAUUUUGUGGACAGACCCAACCACCAAGAAAGUACAUCUACUAAACGCUCGAACAGGUUGCGCAGUGCCCAGUUUUCGGCCGCGACCAACCACCGAUUCUAAUUCAUCUACGUUCCACAACACGCAGGCAUCUACGAACAAGUCGGUGCGAUUACCAACACGAGCCUUGACGGCUGUACCUGGCAAAACGCCUUGGCUUGAUGAUGUGCUGGAUACAUGGGAGAACCCAGUCUUUAAGCCAAGCGAGAAGCGUAUACCACAGGCUGUAUUACACGAAGACGAGCUUGAUCGAGGGCACCGCCGCUCUAGGCAUGGUUGCUCCCGCAUCGAUAUCGGCAAGACGUUCAACCAGGCCUCAGCAGGUGGCUCUAGUAAGCUGUCGAGAGAGGGGUUGCAGAACGCUCAGGUCAUCGCGCAGGUCGACAAGAAGUUCAUUCUUGUCAAGAUGCAAGAUUCGACACGAGUGCAAGAUGCGCGCUCGGGGCUUCUCGUGCUGAUUGACCAGCACGCGGCAGACGAACGCGUACAGGUUGAGUCACUCCUAAUCCAGCUUUGCGAUCCACUACAAGACGAAAAGGGGUACCAGACAAAGCUCGGCCACAGGGCGCAGGUAGCUUCUGUCGUGCUCGAGAAGCCGACGCAAUUUGCAAUCUCACCCCAGGAACGGAUACACUUCACAACGCAUGCCGCAAGAUUCGCAGCUUGGGGCAUCCUCUACGAAAUCCUUGAAACGACGACAUCUUCAGCUGUUCCUGACACUGUCGAUAGGGAAAAGCACGUUUUAUCCGUCACUGGUCUUCCAGCGGGUAUAUCAGAACGGUGCAAAGCUGAUCCCAAGGUCCUAAUUUCUUUCCUCCGCUCAACAGUCUGGAAGUAUGGUCUCGUCGUCGUCUAUCAUAUCGUCGGGAAACAGCUGUGGAGCGUCAGCAUCGCAUUGCUGUUCACUACCAUCUUGUAUCUUACCUGCACCUUAAUAUUGAUAUAUUGUGCAGAAGGCCCAAGCAAAGAUCCGAACGAGAUUUCCAUUCGCCAAGCGUCAUUCCAUUUACCGACGCUGACAUGGCAGAGUCGAGUCAAUGUACGUCAUGCAAUGUCGUUCAAAGAGAAGGACCUUGAAGCUGAGCGAAACGAGCAUGUCUCGUUCGAUGAGAAAGGCAAUCGCGAUGAAUAUGGCCGCAUUAACAUCGAGGGUGUCGGCAAACCAAAUGAUACAUCAGGACAAGCAUCGUCGCCUUUCGAAAAGGAUGACAAGGAAACCCGUCGCAUUAUUCGAAAGAUAGAUCUCAGACUCCUACCAACACUCGCUGUUAUCUAUGCCUUCGCACUCAUCGAUCGCGUUAAUCUUCCAAAUGCGCGCAUAGCAGGCAUGGAUGAGGACCUAGGCCUCUCUAUCGGCUCACGUUAUUCGAUCCUCACAAUGAUCUUCUUCAUCCCUUACAUCAUUUUUCAGUUCCCGGCCAACAUCAUCAUCAGAAAACUUGGUCCUGCCGUAUGGCUACCAUCUCUAGUCAUCUGCUGGGGAGCUGUCACGAUUGGCAUAGGUUUUACGACUGAUUGGACGCAGGCACUAGGCUGCAGAAUCAUCCUCGGCGUCCUGGAAGCAGGGUAUUAUCCAGGUUGUGUCUUCCUACUGAGCUGCUGGUACGUGAGAUUUGAGGUACAGAAGAGGUUCAGUGGAUUCUAUCUGCUAGCCCUUCUUGCAAGUGGUUUCUCGAACAUCCUUGCUUGGGGACUAAGCGAGAUGAAAGGCCUCGGAGGUCUAAACGGAUGGCAAUGGAUAUUUGCUAUAGAGGGCGCCAUCACUGUCCUACUCGGCUUCAUGGGUUUCGUAACAAUAAUCGACUUUCCCGAUAAAGCCAGCCAACCUAGCCCAAUAACAAAGCGCCCUUUCUUGACCACUGCGGAAGCCAACAUAAUUCUUGCCCGUAUUCAACGCGAUCGCGGUGAUGCCGUCGCCGAUAAGCUUACCUGGUCAACCAUCUCAACUCAUCUCCGCGAUUGGAAGAUCUGGGAGUUUGCCUGGCUCUACUUCCUCAACAACGUCGUCGCAUACAGCUGGGGGUAUUUCUUACCCAUCAUUCUUCGCAACGACAUGAAAUACUCCGUCGCCAUGAGUCAGAUCUUGUCUUUCCCGCCAUACGUGCUGGCUGCAGCUUGGAUGUUCGCCACAGCAUGGGUUGCCGACCGGUACAGGAUGCGUGGUGCGAUCAUUAUAUUCAACUGCGCAUGGGCUGUCUUAGGAGUAUGCAUGAUGGCAUUCCUCAGCAACGCUCGUGCACGGUACGCCGGAGUGUUUCUAGGUGUCAGUGGAGCGAAUGCGAAUGUGCCUAGCUUGUUGAGUUAUAUGCAUAACAACAUCGUGGGCCAGAUGAAGAGAAGCGUUGCUAGCGCGUUAUUGAUUGGAGGCGGAGCCUGUGGAGGUGUUGCAGCAUCGAAUAUCUUUCGACAACAAGAUGCGCCAAAGUACACACCUGCCAUGGCUGUUGUGAUUGCGACUCAAGUUCUGACCAUAGUCCAUGUGCUUAAGAACUUUUGGGUGUACUCACGAGCGAAUCGUCAGGCAGAUCGAGGCGAGAGGAUCUUGGAGGGACAAGAAGGCUUCCGACAAACACUGUAG